GAAUAUAGCAAAGAAGGAAGUUGGAUCGCAAUAUCUUGAACAAUGGUUCCAAAGACACAAUUUUUUGCAUUUUUACUAUGUGUGCUGGCUAUUGGCUUCCUCUAUAAGAUCACUUUUAAAGAGAACACUUUCAACCUCAGAACUUUAUUUUUCCCUGCAAAGAUUACCCCAGAGGACAUUUUAUAUGCAGGGAAUGGCAUCAUGUUUGUAGAGACCACAGACCGGAUGGAUCCACCUCAUCUAGUGUUGUGUUCCAUUGAGUCAGCAGCCCGUGUGUACCCUGAUAGACCGGUGGCUUUCUUCAUGAAAGGUUUACCAGACAUAAACUCAAAAGAAGAUGAGGACAAAGCACGGAUGAGUUACCCAACACUUUUACCUUAUGAUAAUAUCUACUUUUUCCCUCUCAGAAUGAAUAAAUUGCUUAACAAUACUCCACUUAUGCCCUGGUAUCAAAAGGUUAAUCCUAACACUGAGAUGUAUUGGAAUCAUGUGAGCUCAGAUGCAUGCAGGUUGGCCCUCAUUUAUAAGUAUGGCGGCCUUUAUAUGGACACUGAUAUUAUAACAUUUCGUCCAUGUCCAGAAAAAAACUUUCUAGCUGCUGAGGUAUCUCAGAUGACUGGCAGUGCUGUACUUGCAUUUACUCCUCAUCACACAAUUGUCUGGCAGUUCAUGGAAGACUUUGUCAACAGUUAUGAUGGGACUAUCUGGGGACAACAAGGACCAUUACUCUACAACCGAAUUCUUAAUAAAUUUUAUUGCAAAGUACCUCCAUUCAAAGGCCAAGAAGAUAUAAUGUGUGGAACAAUCUUAUUUUUAAAUAUUGAACGAUUUUUUCCGGUCCCAGGUAUGCAGUGGAAAAAGUUCUUUGAAGUAUGUGAAAAGCUGCCAACUUUCAUUAACUCGUAUGCUUUGCAUCUUUUUAAUUAUGCUAAUAAAAAUGAUCGUAAAGUGAUGGUCCCUGGAAGCAACACAAUGGUGGAGCUUCUUUACAAACAGUACUGCCCCAUAACAUAUCAAGCUGUUCUUGAAAAUAAACCUACCUACCUUAAAUAUGUGCCAUAAAUCCUAAAACAUAGAGGAAAGAGGAAUAGAUCAUGUAUCCAUUAUAAUCCAGUGAAAAUGUUUUAGUUUAAUUAUUGUUUAAAUCAGGGCAUGAAAAAUGAUUUAAUUAUUUUAUUAAUAUCUUAUUAAACAAAUUCAUAAAUUGAUAUAUGGUUGAUCAACUAUAGUAAAAUAAUAGUAACUUGCUGCUUUAAAACCACUUAGUACCACUUAAAUGGUGCAUUUGUGUAAUUUUCAGUCCAUCUUUAGAUUUGUGUUAAUAAAUCUGUUGCCUAUUUACAUUCA